AAAGACAAAAGUCAGGAUUGAGACUUGAGAGAGAACAUCAUUGAGAGAGAGAACAUCAUUCGUCAGGUGUUGUGUUGUUCUUUUCUGACAAAGUGGCCAGAAUUAUUAUCACAGUCGUAGCAAGCUAGAGUAACAAUCCAUCUGGAGGGUUUGAAAAGUGGCUACCGAGUGUUAUGGUGAGGAACAUUGAUUCAAUCAAGUUACCAGUCAGUUGGCAGGUCAGUCUUUGCUAACCAGUGUGUCAGAGAGAGAGAGAGAGAGAGAGAUAGAGAUAGAGAGGGGCUGGGUGUGAGUAAGCAGUUAUCACAGGAUUGUAACUGGUUCUAUGGCAAGUUACAGUCAAAGAGAGAGCCGCGAGCUUAGAGGAUUGUAACGGGCAACAGUACCGUUAUAGCAAUCGUGUUUGUAGUAGAAGAGAGUGUAGUGUUAGUGUGGGGAAGGAGGACCAGUGAGAGUGUAUGAGUUAAAAGGACAAGAGAGCGGGAGUUAACUGAAAUAGCUGCAAGAGGGUAUAUCAUUAUCAUCAUCAGUCCACCAUGGCGUCAGCUGCUCUAGAACUGAUGGGCUUCUUCAUGGGUCUGCUAGGCAUGCUGGGUACCCUGGUGUCCACAGUGCUUCCCUACUGGCGGACAUCUGCCCACAUCGGGCCCAACAUCGUCACUGCCGUGGCCAAUAUGAAGGGCCUCUGGAUGGAGUGUGUCUACCAGAGCACUGGAGCCUUCCAGUGUGAGACCUACAACUCCAUGCUGGCCUUACCCUCAGACCUCCAGGCCUCCCGGGCCCUGAUGGUGGUCUCCGUGGUCUUUUCCGUCCUGGCCGUCGUCAUCUCCACUGUGGGCAUGCAGUGUACCAUCUGCAUGGAGGGCUCCGCGGCUAAAGGCCGAGUGGCCGGUACUGGGGGCCUCUUCCUCACCGCGGGGUUCCUGGCUCUGAUCCCGGUGUCGUGGACCACCCACGAGGUUGUCCAGACCUUCUACCAAGCCAACCUGCCCAGCAGCCUGAAGUACGAGCUGGGGGACUGUCUGUACGUGGGGCUGGCCGCCGCCCUGCUCUCCAUGCUGGGCGGGGGGCUGCUGUGUGUCUCCUGCUGUGAGAAGGCGGAUGGGGGCGUCGUGGAGGGAGGAGGCACGGCGGAGGGGUACCCCCUACCCAGCUCCGGGCAUGGGGGUAGGCACUGGGAGGCCAGGACCAGCUCACAGACCUAUAGGAACCCAACACUACAGAUGGGGGUGAACGCUGCCACCAAGGCAGCGACCCUGGCAAGGAGUCACACAAGCACUACUACCCAGUCCAGCACCCCCGCCCAGGGGGCCAAGAAAGACCCACGCCGCAACCCUGCGGUGGGUUCUGAUGUCACUGGGUACGUCUGA